GGAACUAAAAAAGUGUCUGGAACUUUUGAUUCUUGUAGACGGCCGCUGUGCUCGGCUAUACGAAAGAUAGAAAAAAAAAACACUAGAGCUAACGUGGAGCAAAGUUUUGAAUGUGUCUUUCACAAUUUUCUGGAAUACAGAAAGCGAAACGUUUGAGAACGGGUGUUAGUCGGUGACAAAGAGGCGCACCAGUGCUAUCUUCUCCGUUAUCAGGGUUCGAGCGAGAAUUUUGCGGUAUUUUCCGUGAACACUUGUUGAAACCUUUGGGAAUUCUCGUUGACUCGUUGUGGGUUCCAUUCGUCUGUUCGUCUGUUCUUAUGUUUGAAUUCAAGUUUUAUCGAUAGAGCACGGUACCACACUACCCCCACUGCAUUGUUUUAAAAUUGCUUUUUCCAAGUUUGUUGGUGUGAUUUUACUUGUCUGAAGAAUCCUGGAUGCACUGACUAAAAGCAAAGAUUGGAAUGCACUUAGACGGAUUCCCGCUGUAAUAUGAUGUAGUGUUCUGGGCUAUCGAUUGCGUCGGAGAAAAAGUCUAGUGUUUGGAUAAAAUUCGGUUAGCAUAGUGCAUUCGACGAGUGUGCAGUAAAAGUGAAUGGAGGAUAGACGUUAAAGUGCAGAACAGAACACAUAGAAACUUCGUCUUUAAACAGAUUCGAGUGUUUACUCACGUACUUAGCCCUGAAAUGCCUGAAUAAUCAUUUUUGAAUUGUAUUGGAAGACUACAGAAGACCGUUUGAUGAUGACUCGUGCCAGUUUAUAAUGCAUAUACAUAUCGGUAUCCUAUUCAUUGUAUAGUCUAUAAAAGUUCUGGAAUUUUGUGUAGGGCUUAAGGAUUUUAGAGAAUAUAGCAUUUGGUUCGUUCAUUUCACCAACUUCAUGGAACGGGAAGAACGAGAAUAGACAGGCAGACACCAUUCAAGCACUCCAUUCACUGGAUUUCAUUCAAAUUUUUGCCGGUCGUACAGCUACUGCUUGCCAAAUUGAAAUUCGUCAUGUCUUAGUAAGAUUCUGGCACGCUGGACUCCAAUAUUGAAACGAGUGCGGGAUUAUAAUAUUUAAGAAUGGACUUCUAACAAUGGUCAUUGUGUUUUCUCUGCAAGAGUAAUUUUAGUGAGUGAAUUAUAUUCAUAAUGUUGAAGAAGUGAAUUGAGUUUAUAGACGUGCUAGACAGCAAAAUGAAGAUGACAAAACUUACAAUUCAAAUUGUUAGUUUAUGGAUUUAUUAUUGGAUGUUCAUUGGAUAUGCGGUGUUUGCUGUUCCCUUGGAAUAUGACGUAGAAGAUUGGGAUCAUGAUUCAAUCUACGAUUUCGAUACAGAACAGUCAGAAGUUCGAUAUGAUCCUAAAUUGUUAUCUGAGGAGUUAGAGGAUACAAUUGCUAGGCAACGUGGAGCAUCUUGUAAUUUAUCAAAUAUCAUUUACGAGCAUGGAGAACAGGUGGCGCGAAAUGAUCCAUGUGAAGUGUGCGUGUGUAUGGAUGGCGAAAUCUUUUGCUAUUGGCGACAAUGUAGCGACGAAGUCAGCGAAGGCAUAAAUUACAGCAGUAACGAGCAGGACGAUGAUAGCAACUCAUUUCACACCUCGCCAUGGAAGCUGACCCGCUCCUCACAGCCUUCGAAACAUAUAAAGUCCUCAAAGUACUCACCCCCGACGAAAGUUUCCAAACUGAGAAAAGUUCUGAGACCGACAAAAAUUUCCUGGUCAACAAAACCACCACCACCGCCGACGAUACCGCCGAAACCAACGAAAUUGUCGAGGAUGAAGAAAGUUCAUAAAACAAAGAGACCAACAAAACACCCCAGAAAACCAGCGCGAAAACGGAUGAAAUCCAAAAAGGUGUUUAGUUUCCCUGAGCACUUGCCGGCAACUCUUCAUUUCGAUAUCGAUAGUGCGAACAGACGGGAAGAAUCGUCGGAGGAUAGUGGUGAAAUCAAAAAUGAGUCGUCAGAUCUUCUACAUGGUAAACUAACAAUGAGACCCGACAGUCUAGAGGAUGCAGGCAAUGGGAAUCACAUGGUUCUGUCGACAACUGCAGCCUCGAAAGAGAACGUCUAUCCUAGCAGGAGGCAGCAACUACAAGGAGCAAACAGCGAACGCUCCCCCCAGUUUCAAUCAGCUGAAAGGAAUAUUUCACAAAACGAUCCUAAUGUAAAUGGAUGGCAAGGCUUUUCAUUAAAUCUAUCUAACAGCACAAUAACACCAUCAUCGUUGUCGUCAACCACACAAACGACAACGACGGAGCCAACAACAACGGCGGUCCUAAAUAGUAGUAAUAACAAUGACGGAAGUAGUAACAUGCAGAACAAACACAUUAAUUUCCAAUCUGGUGGUAUCAUCCCAAAUGACGAAUCCAUUGAUUCUGAGAACGACAGCGAUGAUAAUGAUGACGACAGUGGUAUCAGCGGCGACAACAACAGCAACGAUAAGAAAGCGGAGGUCGAAAAAGCUGGUCCCGACAACGAUAGUGGCCCAGAGACUACAAGAAUUCAAUUUGUAGAUGUUCCUUUGGCCAAACACUAUAUCAUAACGUCAUCAGGAAGCGUUGAGAACGCCGACAUUCUGGCAAGCGAGAAUGUUUUAUCGCAAUUCCGUAAUGACUAUAGCAUAGUGAGUAGUGAUUCGACAGCAAAUAACCCAUCCCCACCCCUGCCCGCAGCGACGCCUUCAGCCUCGUUAUCAUUCCAACUACCGGCAAGGACGAAUGGUAACGCUACGGACGCCGCUAUUCAGGAGGAAGAAUCCACCGCAAUAAUUUCAAAUGAUGCGGUAAAAUCCCCCUCGUCAUUAUCUGCAACAAUGCCGGCACUUUCGGCCGCUGAAGUGAGGGUGCCAUCUUCAGGAUCAGGUUCAGUUACCGCAGAAGUAUCAAAAUCAAAUGCAACACCGAGUCCCACAUCUGUUGACGUCGGCGGAAUAGUGCCACCUGAUUCGUUAGUCUUCUCCGUUUCACAGCCUGCUAUCUCGUCAACGUCAGGACUAUCAUCUUUAGAGCAGGAAAAGCAAAAUGGCGAGGCAUCGUCAGUGCAGUUGGAAAAGGCUUCCACUGAGCAGCCCACUCGCCUGCAGCAGGAAUGUGUUGUGAUGGGUGCAACCUACCAGGUGGGCGCUGUACUACCCCAAGAAACUGGAAAUUGUCUGCAAUGCGUUUGCGUCGAAGGGAGUAGCGCAGGAGACUCACCUCGAGUUACCUGCAGUCCACACAACUGUCCACCGCUAGUGCUGCCAGAUCUCUUCGAUACCACUGGCUAUUAGGAGUAUUGGUACGAUCCAAUAAAUAGCUCUCAAUUGAAUGGUUGUACGUACAAUUUUUGUUUGCACUGUAUAUUACGAGAAAAAAGGGAAAGCCUAUAAAUAUGAAAAUAUGUUAAUGUCGUUUUGUUGAAUUUACAAUUAUUCGUUAAAUUUUGUUAAGUUUAAUCCAAAUAUCUUAAGUUUCAGGCGUAUACGAUCCAGUUGAUUUUAACGUUGAUUUCAAUGAACGAAAGUUAUACUUUACUUAAGAUUUACUGAAAAUUAUUGAGAAAAUGUUCUUCUUAGUUUGUGUAGCAAAAUCUUCAAACAAUUGGAUUCAUACGUACAAAUUGUCAAGCCAACAAUUUACGCAAAUAGUUAAGAUUUUCAUCAGGACAGAUAACUAACUAUCUUUGCUUUUGCUGGCACAAAGGAACUCACAAGUUUCAUUUUAAUGAUGCAUAAAUAUUAAUUUGGGAAGUUGCAGCGUUCAAGUAAUAUUUUGCUACAAAUAAUGAAGACAUCCCCCGCCUUUCGGGAAUUCCUGUAGAAGUUCAACUUCACCCACAAUAUCAGUUUUAAAGGAAUCUGCAAUGGAUAAAGGUUUGUCCUUACAAAAAGGAUGCAGAACUCUCUCAUCAAAUCCACAAUAGGAUAUCUA